AAUGGGUCGUCCGAGAAAGAUCUCCUCCGCAACAUGGAGAUCAAGGGUAAAAGACAUUGUGAAGGGCAAGGAUCAGGCAAGCCUUGCGAUAUCAAAGACGAUGCAAAUUCCAAUUUGCUACUUGCGGUCUGGUCUGACCUCGCUGAUGGGUGAGAGUCGAACCGCGACAGUGUCCGACUUGGUGUACUUCCUUUUGCACGCUGGGUCAGGAGGAAAAGAUGCCCUCAUGAUGGCGGCAAGAAAAGCUGGUGCGGACGGUGAAGAGGCACAAGGGAGAGUGGAAGAGUAUUUGGCGAAGUAUUCUGAAAAAAUUCAAGGAGGACGGGAUCGUGCAACUGGUCGGCCCGAAGCGUUGAUGGAAGGGCAACCCAUCGCAAUAGGAGGUCUGGUUUACGCGUUCCCUGCACUUCAAGGGAAACGUCCUGCACGCACAGGGGGCGGGGCGAUGGUUGAUGGAGGGACGGGUGCGGACCAUGAUCCGCCAGAUGCAAAUCAGCCACAGAAUG